AUGAGAAGUUUCAUACCAUAUCAGAAAAACAAAUGUGAUGAUGUCAAUCCUAAAGUAAUUAAUAAAUAUGACAUAAAUUUAUGUUUGUGGACAUCGCCAGACAUCUUUCCCAAUAAACUCAGAAACUUUUAUAAAUGUCCAAUUGUGAUAUCAACUUACAUUUACCCUCCAACAAUUAUUCUCGAUAAUAUAAAUGGAACUGAAAUAAUUACUGGAUACGAUAUUGAAUUGCUUGAGACACUCGGAAAAAUGAUGAAUUUUACUUUAAAAAUUGAACUUGUGACAGGACAAACUGCUUGGGGAUUCAUCACAGCAAAUGGAAGCAGUGGAGGUGUCAUUAAAAAAGUCAUGGAUGGAGAAGCUGAUGUUGCAAUUGGAGGAUAUUAUUUAACAUUAACGCGAGCUAAAUUUAUGAGUUUUUGCAUUUAUGGGAAUACGAAAAUUAUUUUUGUUGUACCACCGGGAAUUCCAUUAUCAGCCUUUGAAAAGCUUCUCAAACCUUUCAGUUUUUACUCGUGGUUGGCUUUGUGCAUAACUCUUUUCAUAGGACUUGCGGUUAUUUAUGUAACAAAACUUCAAAAGCCUCAUAUUCAGCAGUUGAUAAUUGGAUCAAGUAAAAGCAGUCCAUAUAUGAACUUCUGUAAUAUUCUUUUGAAUGGAUUACAACAAUUCAGCCCAAAAUCAUCAUUCUCGAGAAGUUUACUUGGAAUAUUUUUACUGUUUUGUAUGCUCAUAAAGACAAUGUACCAAGGUGCUCUUUUUAAGUUUCUUCAGACCGAUCAAAGACAUCCUCAAGUUCAGACAAUCGAUGAGUUGAUUGAACAUAAAUUUGAUUUUUAUAUGUAUCAGUCAUUUGAAGAGCUAAGUAAAGGAUUGAAAAUUCAUCACAGACGGAAACUUAUAGUUAAUAAAACCAUAGAAUAUUAUCAAUUGAAAACUUUGGAUCCCUAUUUCAACGGUGUCACUGUUGGGCCAUUGACAGAAGUUUGGUACUUAAAUCAAAUGAACAGCAAAAACUUCACGUUGCGUGUUUUUCCUGAGAUUCUGUUUUCCAUUCCAAUAGCGAUGUAUUUUCCGAAAGAUCAUUUCUUGAAAAAGAUUUUUGAUUUGAGAGUCAGUGAAUUGGAAACAGCUGGUUUGAUCGAUAAAAUGAUUCUUAAAUAUUUAAAACCAUCACAGAAAAUUAUUCCCACGCAUAGUCCAAAGAAACUUUCAAUUGAAAAUUUAAUUGGUGGAUUUUACAUUUUAAUUAUUGGCUGUGUCUUAGGAUUUGUUGCUUUUCUCUUGGAGAUUAUAAUUCAAACGAAAAAGUUUUGUUUAAUGUCGGAAGAUAAUCAACAAACACAUUGA